GCUCCGGGCGGCGGCGGCAGCGACGGCGGCCGGGCCCGCGCCAUGAGCAUCGAGACGCUGCUGGAGGCGGCGCGGUUCCUGGAGUGGCAGGCGCAGCAGCAGCAGACCGCACGUGAGGAGAAUGAGAAGCAUGAGAAGCUCUGCCUGGAGAGGGAGCAGGAGCAGAAGAAGGCGGGCAAGGCCAGCGUGCCACGGGCCAACAGCACCCUGUCCCCAGAGGAGCCCCGGAGCGAACUGCUGGUGCCCGUUUCCCCGCCGGGCACCGUGCCCCUGCCGCCGCCGCCCCUGGCAGCUCCCAUUUCAGUCAUUCCCAUCCCCGUUGUCACCAGUUCCCCCCAGCAAGCAGCGCAGACCGCCCUGUCGCCGCCGCUGGUGCAGCGCCACCAGCCCCUCGUAAGCGCUCCCAGUGUCCCCAAGGAAGCGCCCUCGGUGGCACCGGUGAUCCAGCGGCCGCCGGGGCCGCACCUGCCGGACGGGAAGGCGGCCACGCCGCCCUCGGGCAGCCCCAAGCAGCUGCCGCACUACGCGGCGCCCGUGCUGGCCAUCUCCCAGCACCAUGUGGUGCCACAGCCCAUCCAGCCCCUGCAGCACCCGGCAGCGCCCGCGCCCCUCGGCGCCCUCAAGCUGGCGCCGGCCGACGACAUGAAACCCAUCGAGCUCAAGAAGAGAAUUGGAGGGGUUGGGACCAGGGAAGUACAUAAUAAAUUGGAGAAGAACAGACGUGCUCAUUUGAAAGAGUGCUUUGAGACAUUAAAGCGCAACAUCCCCAACGUGGAUGACAAGAAGACCUCAAACCUCAGCGUCCUCAGGAGUGCCUUGCGAUACAUCCAGACUUUAAAGAGGAAGGAAAAAGAAUACGAACAUGAGAUGGAGCGGCUGGCGAGGGAGAAGAUCGCUACGCAGCAGCGGCUGGCAGAACUGAAGAACGAGCUGAGCCAGUGGAUGGAUGUUUUGGAGAUUGACAGAAUUAUUCGACAGACAGUUCAGCCAGAGGAUGACCAGGCAUCUACCUCGACAGCAUCAGAGGGUGAAGACAACAUGGAUGAAGAUAUGGAAGAUGACAGGCCAGUGAACUCAUUACCAAAACUCACCCAGCGCCAGCACCCAGAGCUGCUGAAAGCCGUCCCCCCCAGUGCUGCUCCCCCGCUGCCCACGGUCCUGCCCCCACACGUGUCCAUCCAGCAGAAGCCCCACGCCCAGCCCUCCCUGCAGACACAGGCACUGGUCCCGCCGCAGGCGAUCGUCCCUGCACAGACUCACAUCGUGGCGGCCUCGACCGUGCAAUCGACUGUUAUCGCCCACACGGCCACCACCCAUGCCUCGGUCAUCCAGACUGUCAACCACGUCAUUCAGGGGCCACAGACCAAGCACAUUGCUCACAUUGCACCUUCCACAUCCAGCCCCGUGCAACUCACCACUGCUGCUCAGCCCAUCGGCCACAUCACUGUGCACCCGGCCACCAUCAACCACAUGGCCCAUCUGGGCCCACAGCUGCCCAUCUACCCCCAGCCCGUGGCCGUCAGCCAGCCCGUGGUGAGCCACAUCGCUCACACCAUCUCACACCAGCAAGUGAACGGCACGGCGGGCCUGGGCCAGCCGGCCGUGAUGGCCAAGCCGGCCGUGGGAACCCAGGUUGUCCAUCACCCGCAGCUGGUGGGCCAGACGGUCCUAAACCCCGUGACUAUGGUGACCAUGCCGUCGUUCCCGGUGAGCACGCUGAAGCUGGCCUAGAGGGAGCGCUCCACGGCGAGGUCUUGUUGGGAACCUUUCCUAAGGAAACUCCGUACAUUCCAACCAUGCGCGGCCCCGCGGGAGGAGGCGCAGAACGCCCCGGGCGGCAGGGCCAGGCUGCCCCGGUGCCCGCGCUGCCCCGGUGCCCGGGCUGUCCCAGUGCCCGGGUGGCCCCGGUGCCCAGGCUGCCCCGGUGCCCGGGCUGACCCAGUGCCCAGGCUGUCCCCAUGCCCGGCCUGUCCCUACACCCAGCCUGCUGCUGGGACGGGGCCGCGCCGUGCCUGGGGCCGCGCCGCUGAGAGACUUCAAAGACAGUUGUUCAUGGUGACUUUUUUCCUUUUAUGUGUAAUGAGUGAACUAUGGAUAUGAUGUUCUUAAGACUUUAAUUUUGCCCUAUUAUGUGUUGCUUCUUUGUAGAAUAAAAAUUGCUGAUCUCUUUAUUGAGACAUUGCGUAGAAUGGGAAAAAAAAUCAUAGAAGUCUAUAUUUAUAUAUAUGUGUGUAUGUGUGUGUAUAUAUAUAUGUAUAUACAUAUAUAUAUAUAAAUAUAACAUUUGAAGGCCUUUUGUAAGGUUGAUUAUUUUGCAGGAUUAUGAGACAAAAUUCAUUUUUGGAGGAAGAAGCCAGAGUGUCCUCUCUAAACAAGAAACUAUAAGAUAGAUGGUUUGGUGGACCAGAGUACAGUGACAAAAAACCCCCAACAACAAACCACGAGUCAAACCAUGUUAAAGGUAUUUCCCAUCAAUAUAUUACAUUUCAAAAACCAUCUAAAAUCACUGUGACUUGUUAUGGCAUUUUAAGGAAAUUCUCUGUCCUGUCUAAUAAAAGGAAAAAGAAUACACAACCAGACUUGAUUUGUUGCCAUUUUAUAAAUGACUUGAUUUUAUAGCUAUGUCCAAAAAAUACUGGUUUUUAUUAUUUUAAUGAUUGACAAUGCUUUGUUUGGAUGUUUUUGGGGGAAUUUGUAUUUUGUCUGGCUUGGUUUGCUGAUGCAAUAAUUGGUUUUGCAGAUCUCUGUGCAUGGCAUGGCCCUGGUCAGGGUCCCUCCUGCCGGUCCAAGCUCCCCCCAGGUUUCUUGGGUUUGUUGUUUGGCAGAGGCACACAGUUUGUGCUGGCAGCUUGCAGGGCGUUGCUGUGGCCUGGUGAAUGGAACCUGGGACAAGAAGACAUAGAGAAAUGAGGUAGAUUUGCUGCAUGGGUUAAUGUUUGUUAGUUUGUUCUGUCCUGACCACGCUUUGGUGUGGGAGCCGGUGGGUUUCAAAAGGGAUAAAAGGGGAUGUGGUUCCCUUCCAGAGCACAGGCAGUUCAAGCAGCUUUGUUCCCUUUGACAGGGAAGCACUCUCUCCUUAUGCAGGAUAAGGGUUUGCUGCAGGAGAUCAGUGUGAGAGCUCGUGUCUGGCCAUGAGACGUGCACCAAAGAACCCUCAUCCCUCAGGACCCUCCCGUUCCCCCUUCCCGGUGGUUGGGGCAGACCUGUCUGAGGUCAGUGGCAAAUCCCAGAGAGCCAGGAGAGGAGGAUUGCUGUUUGGCUCUGCUGGUACCUGCCAGCCUGCCCAGGAGGCUGCUUAGGACGUGUUGUGCUGCUCUCUGGAUGUUCUGGUCCUUGCACAGUGUGUGUAGCUGCUGCUGUGAAUGAUCUCCAUUCUGUCUUCCUCUCUUUUUAAAACAAGUAUUCCACAGUCCUUACUGCAGGCAAAGUGCUGCUGUAGGCAGCGGCUGUUCUCCUGGGGCAGGAGGGGAGGAUGGUCCCGCAUCUGCCCAGGGCUUUGGGAGAGGAGGGGGUGGCUGAGCAGCUCACGGUAGCUGUGGGGUCUCGUGCAGGAAAACAGCAUCCAUACUCUGUCCUAAAGACCUGUUGACUCUAGCAGGACUUCAGCCUGUUGGGGACUGGUGUGAGCAGUGUCAGGGAUGUAAUUGAGAACAUCUGCCUGUUCCAUACUGUCCCCAGAUAAAACUGGUCUGGAGGCAGGACAAGUGACUGCAGAGGUCAGGGGUGAUUGUGCCUUCUGAGCAGGUGUCACUGGGAAUUCUGUGAAGUCUGUUCAUAAAAUCUCAGUUACCACUUGUUUUAUUUUUCUUUCAUGCAUUCUUUAGUUCAGGAAGGUCUUGGCUGUGCUUGCCAGCACAGCUCCUGCAGAAUGGACAAGCCUCGAAGGAUUUCUUUUAGUAGAAUGCCAUUUAAGCAGAUCAUUUGUUCUCAUUCCAGUGCAUCAUUAACACUGGGGUAUUCCCAGAAUUGCAAGGACUUUGUUGUCCUCUGUCCCUGCAGGUGCUUUGCCAAGGAGGCCAUUGUGUGCCAGUAUUUGAGACAUAGGGUUGGGUAUGGCUCAGUUUCUCCUCAUCAGAAACUCCUCAACGCUGAGUAUGUGUAACAGGGUCGCUCCCUUCUCGGGAGGGAGAGUGGCUUUGCCCUCUGCAGCAGUGUCAGGACGGGGAGGACCUGUGCUUCUGCCUUUUUUUACUGUUCCAACUCACAAAAGAACAAAUUCUCCUCGUUGAAGGAGAAGGGGCCAGGUUGAGAAUGUGCUCAAUGCAGGAGUGUUGGCUGAGCCCCAGGGAGAUGAGCUUGCUGCUGGGUUACUGAAUGGCCUGUGCUGUAUGGACAGGGGUGCUGCUGACCUCAUCCUCUACUCCUUUAUGGUUUAGAGCAAAGAGUGCCCCUGCCUUGCCCAGUCCUGUGUCUUGGCCAGUUUUUCUUUCCCCUUGGAAUUGUGCCAUGCAGUCUGUCUGUCUGAUCCCCUUCAUAGGCAUUGGCCUCCCCGUUAGGAACAUCCCUCUUGGCCUGCCCAGGAGCUCCUCCAGAUGUUGUGUGUACACCUCUUCCCAUCUGCCUUUUUCAGGGCUACCAGAAACAUUCUUUGGGAUUUUUCUUUUUGUUUUUUAAAGUCAGCGAACUUCUCUCUGUUCUGUGGGAAGAAGAGCGGCCACAGCCCUUCCUUUUCCACCUCUGUUAUUCCUGCUCAGAAACUUUGGAUUUACACUGAUGCUCUUAGAAAUCCCAUUCAGUACUGUAUGACAAGGGGCACUUUAGGAAUGUCUCUCCUCCUUUGAUAUAUGUUUUCCCUAUGGAGAAAGCUAUAUAUAAAUAUAUAUGUACACUUGGGGAUUCAUAAGAUCUGAUUUGUCCCCCAAAAAACCAAUAAAUAUAUGAAGUUUACAAGAAAUCUCUUCUGUUGUUGAAUAAUAUUAGUUAUUGGUAACCAUGCCACAGAAACAAUAGAAAAUGGGGUUUCUGCAUAGUAGUUUGAGAGGGUUUUCUGUCCUGUCACACCUGGCUUGGAGCCUGUUGGUCAGUGGAGGUGGUUCUGCCGAGGGCAGGUGCCCUUGCAGCCCACAUGCUCCAUGUCCUGCUGCCAACAGCCAAAUGGUGCUCAGGACCUGGAGCUGUGCUUGGAGCUCAGGCAGCACGGCCAGGGGUGUUGGCAGCUGGGCAGAUGUGUGGGCACAGAGGCCCGGGGUGGCCUCGGGGAACCUCGUGCUGGGCAGUGCCUGCCAAAGCCACUGCCAGCUCACCCGCCAGGGAGGGGCAGGCGGAGGGCAAAGAGCCCAAACUGCUGCUUUAAAAUGAUCCUCAAAAGAGCUCUUAACGCUGACACUUUAGAUACAGGAAUGUAUUCCUGACCUCACCAGUAAAAAUUUGCCAGAUCUGUGUAGUUUAUCUUAGGAAGGGAAGUGAUCUGAUAUCCCGUGUUCUCUGCAGUUGUUUGCGUGGGAUCCGAGAGGCAGCGGGUCGUGUGUCCCUGGGGGCAGCUGGGGACCCUCGUGUGUCCCUGGGGGCAGCUGGGGACCCACAUUUCACAUGGGGAAAGAAAGGCUGGAGCCAAGCUGCUGCCAUUGGGGUUUUUCUGCAUGUGCGUGUGUGUAUGUCCAUCUGUCUGUCUGUGCUGGGGCCGAGUGUUGGGUGUCCAGGCCAGAAGGGCUCCAGUGUCACCACUGGGCCCCCGGCCACUGGCAUGGCUGGGUUUUGGUUUCUUGAGCAGAGCUGGACAGAGGGGAUGGCCCUUGCAGAGGCCUCUGCUCUCGAGGUGCCCAUGGCAUGUUCAGAGCGUUCAUCAUCCCACUGAGCCGGCUGCUGCCGCUGCUGUUGGGCUCCUUGUCUUUUUUUUUUCUUUGUUUUAUUUCAAAGUGGCCUUCUGUAACAAAAGAAACAAAAAAAAUGCCUUUGGGUGGUUUAGGUGGAGGUGAGGUGUCGCUGCUGUGUCGGUGUCAGUGUGGUUGUCCGUGCGCACGCCUGGUAGAUUCCUGUAGACAUGCAAUGCAAGGCUUAUUGUGUCUGGUUUUUGUAUGUAGCCUGUGUCUCUUUGGACUGGUUUGCAUCCUGAGGGCGUUUUUUGCAUUUAAAGAAAAAAAGUGAGAACUGUUCCAGGUUGGGUGGGUACAAGGGGCUCUGGGGACCUCCCGUGUGCCAGAGGUCGGGGGGGAAGGUGUCUUCUGCCCCUUGUGAUGAUGUGGUCAGUGCUUGUUUGGUCCCUUUGCUUUCUGUGAUGGGUAUCCAGUGUCCCCACUGUGUCUGUGGGGUGAGCAGCCUUGGCCAGAUGAACCAGGUGACCUCUGUUUACCUGAGCAGGACUUAGGCUCAGCCUGUCUGGGUGUUUAGGCACUUGCUUAAUUAGCUUAGUUAGAUACAUGGCUGCUGCAGAGGGCUCCUGGAGCUGGUGUGGAGGUGGGCAGCUCUGAGCGCUCACAGGUGAGGCUCCUCUGAGACUUGGCACAUCUUUUUCUGAACAGUUGUUCAUUUCAGUCUUAUUUUGAUUCUAAAAGCUAUGGGGGUGAGGAGAGGAAAACCCUCAUACUUAUGGCCUGUUUUCCAUCCCUUGUUAUAAUUUGGACAGAUUAAAAUGGGUUAUAACACUGUCUUUAGGUUAUUUCCUCCCUGAGUGAAACAUCAGUUGUUAGAAGCAGAUGUUUAGUGUCGAGGAAAAUAGGCUGUGGGUAGAAUCAGUCAUGGCUUCUUUCUGUCCCUGUUAUACAGAACUUGAUAAUCCAAACUUGAACUAUUAAAAUACCAGUCCAAGCCCAGCACUGGAUGGUGCAGGCUUGGCAGAGGUUGUCUUUGGCUGUUUCCAGGCUGGCUCACUCCUUGCCUGAGGCUGCUGAUCAGUGAAGGAAGACCCCAUGGCCUCUGUCCCUGCACUGUCAGGGCAGGGACAGGGCUGUUCCCUACUGGGAUUUGGUGGGAUGUCAUGGUGCUCCUCAUCAGAACGGCAUGGCUGGUUCUGCUCUAGCUCUGGAUGAGGCCCAUUGAUUCACCCAUUCCUUGUGCUGUGAAUAGGAACUUGAGUGUGAGGGAGCAAAGUCACCACCAGGGAAGGGCCCCAGACUCCCAGCCCGUCUCUGAGGCUGUCCCUGGCAGGCAGGCAGGCAGGUCCUCCCCAGGCUGUGCUGCUGUGGCAGGCACUGCCCCGUGCCGGUUGUGCCAGAGCCCUGUGUGAUGCCUUAUGGAUACGCCUUAACAGCCGGAGCCAGGAGGCUGUGGGGCUUGGCAGAGCCAGAGGUCAGGGACUGACUGCGACCACCCAACCAUUUAUUGGCUUCUGCUCAGGCCCCAGCCUGGCCAUCACUGGGUGAGGAGCCGUGGUGGGAGCGGGGACUCCCUGCUCUGUCACCGCAUGCGACCCCCCCUCCUGCCUAAAGCAUUUAUUUAUUUAUUUUGUCUCGCUGUGCUCCCCGCGUUAGGAAUGUGUCCCUGGAGCUGCUGACUGAGCCCAGUCGCUGCCAUCGCUGGCCCGGAGCCCCCGUCUCUCCCUGCACCUCACAGGAGCCCCCGUGUUGCGCUCACCUGGGCAGGUGCAGUCUGUGUUUACAGUGAGGACGUGUCACUGUGUUACCAAUUUCCUGAAAUACUGAAUAUUGACAAAUUAGACUGUAAAGAUUUUUAUGUGUUUGGAUACAUCUGCUAUGUGAAAAAGCAACUAAUUUUGUACAUAUUGUAUUUUUACUAUUCAGCUGUACAAUACUGGCUCUUCAUGCUCCAGAAUUUAGGUAUCCAACAUGAAUGAUAUCCAUGUAAUAAGCACUUGCCUGAAAUAAAUAUAAAACUGAAAUAAACAUGCACUGAAA